AUGAAGGAUGAUAUAGAUGAAAUGCAUAAAAUAUUACCAAAAUAAAUUAUUCUUUGUGAUGAAUAGCAUGAUAAAAAGAGACUUCAAAAACUUAUCGAUGAAUGUGAGGUUUUUCAAAACAAUUAUAACAGCUUAAUUGAUAGACUUGCUGAGAUGAAAUCUAGUCUUAAUACCUCUAAUACUAUUUUUAGUAAGAGCAAAUAACUUCAUAGCACAUCUACUUAGCAAAUAGGAGAAGUAAAAACUCUUGCAGGAUCUUCAACUAGCGGAUCAUAAAAUUAGUUAUUAUAAUCCUAGCAAUAAGCAUAAAAUCAAAAGGAUACUUUGGUUAAUGGAUCUUCAUCUUAAGUUUCAGUAACAAGCCCAUAGAAUAGAAAAUUCUUGAAAAAACAUAAAGAUAAAGAUUAAAAAAAAGAAGAAAUAACAUAAACUGAAAACAAAAGGGAUUUGAAAAAGAAUUAACAAAAAAAAGAAAUGAGUGCUGAAAAAAACACUUCAAACAAAUAAAAAAAUAAUAAAACCACUCUUUAAUAGCAAAGUAUCCAAAAAAUAUCAACAAAAUCAUCUGGUGAAGAAGCAGAGCUUAACAAAACCUUUGCAUCUUAAGUAAUAAAUUUAAAGGGUAAGGAAAAAAUAAAUCUUUAAAUUAGAUAUCUAAAAGAUAUUUAUGAAUUAGUCGUCAUGCUUGUCAAGAGUAACUUCAACAAAUUAGAAAUAUUUUAAUCUAAACCCCCUGUUUUAGAUGAAUUUGAUGAUUUUGUAAAAUUCAGAAAAAUUAUUGAAAUGGACCGACAUAUAAUAUCACUUGUUGAUUCAGAGAAGCAUAAAUGCUCUACACUAGGAAGUGAUAUUGUUCUGUCAACUUAUAUCAAAGAAAUUAAAUUAUCUUAGGAACUUAUCACAUACACUCCUUAAUUUUUGAAAGUUUUAGGGGAUUUGAUUCAAACAUACCAAGAGUGCUUGACUCCUGAUUUAGAAGCAUAUGUCACUUCUUAUAAUGAAUUUGCUAAACUAACACUUAAUGCUAAGAGUAUUCAACUAUUAAGGAAUCUUUUUUACAAUUUACUCUGCUUUAUUGUGAAAAAGGAAAUCAUUUACAUUAAAAUACCUUUCUUCAUAGAGAAAAUAGAAAGAGCAUUCAAUCAAAUUACAAAUGACAGAUUUUUUUUCAUUAGUCUUAACGAAGAACAAAAAGAAAUACAAGAAGACUUACAGUAAAUUAACAUAAUAAUCACUACAUUCUAAGAUAAAGAAGAAAAAUACAAUUAAAUCACAUACACUCUUUAGAGAUUACAGCUGAUUUAUCGAAGAAUCAAAGAUUAUCACACUAUCUUUUUUAACAGCAACUCCGUUCUCCCAAGUUAUAGCGAGUUCCAUCCUUUUUUAAGAAAGCUCUACGACCACAUAUUCAAAGGAGGAGACGAAGAGCCAUUGAUCCAAGAAUCAUCUCUAUUAAUUAAAAUGCUUGAAAGUGGAAAUUAUAAGUUAGAAAAUGAUUUUCACAACGUCAGCGAAAAGCCUAGGUUUAUUCCUGUGUUAGAAAAAAUGAAUGAUAUAACAGAGAAUCUCAUAUAUAUGCUAAAGACUAUAAACUAAUCAAGGGAAAGUAUUAAUUUUUUUAGUUUACUAUAAGUGCUACACACAAUUGGGGAGUAUUUUUUGAUAAAAAAAGAACCAGUUGUUCUAGUAAGAGACUCUAAGAAUUUAAUUGUAUUUAUAUAACCUUUAAUUAGAAAAGUAAUAUCUGAUUUUUAGACUCAGUUACACUAAAAUUCUUAAAAAGUUUAAACUGAUUUUUGGAAAAGUUAGAAAUAAUCAAUGGUGAUUUAGCAACAACAUGAAACAAUAUUGAAUAACUAAAGCAAGAACUUUAAUACAUCAAUGGUAGCUACAUUAAACUAAUCUCAGAGUAUUUAGCACAUGGAUGAAAUCAUCAAAUAAAAAUCAGAUAUUUUGUAAUAGAGCUAGAUCAUGGAAGAUGAAAAUUAAUUUGUACUACAAAAAACAUCACCGCUAGUACUUUAAAUAUAGAAAAGUCUUCUCUUCAAUGAAUACUUUGGUCUUUCUAAAAAUACUAAUCGAAACAGGUAAUCAUCAGAAUAAUUCUAGAACCAGAAUGAUAGUGAUGAGUCAGAGUAAGAAAGGGAGUAAAAGUAAGACAUAAUUGAUUUUGACUAUUCAAAAGAAAUGGAAUGGUUUGAAUAUAUGGAAUAAAUGGAUGAAUCUCGGAUUAUUACAGACGAAGGAGAAAUAAACAUGAUCUAAACAUGUGUUUCAUUUGUCUACACUAGAAAGCAGCAAGCAGUGAUAAUUCUGAUUCCCCAAUCUCCUUUUUCUUAGUUCAACUAUGAAAUAGCAGAUAUUGAUACUAAUUAAAUUAUUUUUAAUGGUUUUAUUUAAAACAAUAAUCCCCUUUCUAUACCUCUUCCAAUCAGCUCGCCCUAUGGCUUGUUUAGCUUGAGAUUAUUUAAAAAGUAUUAAGAAGAUAAUUAAAAUAACUUGUAAAAUAACGCUUCAAUUGCUUGCUAAAAUAUCUCAAAUAACAAAAAUAAUAACAAUUAAAAUGAUAAUCUAUCAAGAUCACUUUACAUAAAAACCAUAACAAACAAUAAUGCUACAAACUCAUUAGAAUCUAAUUAUGCUCAAUUCAAUAGUUUAGAAACUAGCUAGUAUUAAUUUACUCGUUUUGAGCAAGAUCAAGCUUUACUUGUAAAAAGUAUGCUAGUAAAUAAAUACAACUUGUUUGAAUUCCCACUGAGCUUUAAGCCAUAAGAAAAAUACGCAAUUUUAAUUCAAAGAAAAGCCAAAACUUCUGUUUAAUAUUUCAUUUAAAACUCUAAUCAUGAAAAAACUAACAUUAAAUAGAUAGAGUUUAUUCAGAUAAUACCUGAUAAACUUUAAAGCAAUGCAAAUUAAACAAAUAAAAAUAAAAACUCUCAUAUAAAAAUAGAAUAAUAAUAAAAUUAAAAAGAUAUUAUACUGGAUGAUUAGACUAUAAAAAGCUAAAAUGAGGAUUUAAAUGAGUAGUUGACUACAGAUUUAAUCAUUGUAAAAUAAGCAUAAUUUGAAGAUUUUGAAUUUAUUUUAGAGUUAUCUAACAUCUAGUAAGUUUAAGAUUUGGCUCUUCCUUCAAUAUACAUUUACAAAAAGCAAUAAGAAGCAAAUACACCAGAUCCUAUGCCAAUAAUAAUUUAGAAUAAUGUAAAGAAUAUCUAAAAAAGUAUAAAUGAAGAUUAAAAUAGUAAUUUUGGGUGGAGAAUAGCUUCUAUUCAAAAGGAAGAAGUAAAAAUAAUUAACUCCUUUAUUCCAUGA